AAUAACAAAGAAAAUGAAUUAAGUGAAUUAAGUGGUGACAAUUAGAGAAACACAAUUAAAAUGAAUGAGAAGAGAACAGAAAAAUAAGAGAGAAAUAAGAAACAAAUACUUUGAUUGUUUUCGAUUUUAGUUAACAACUAUUAUUGGAAGGAAAAAACUCCAAUAUCAUGGAAUCAAUUUAAGAAUAAAUUGUCGAUUAGGUAAACAAUUAACACUUAGAAUGAAGAAAUUAUCAGAAGAGAGAUAAUCUCAGGUAAGAAUGAUAACCUUUUCUCUUCCAUUCAUGUAAAUGUUAUGGUGAACUUUUUUUUUCGAUUCUAUUCCUUUUGAUUAUCUUCUCUCAUUGGAGCCAAAGAAUUUAAUUGAUGACAAUGAGAGAUGAUUAUCGAUCGAAAUUCAGGUGAGUGUCUGAAGGUUUGUGAGCAUAGAAAAUAUAUUAUUAUUAUUAUCGUAAUCAUGGUAACUAUUGAUACAAUUUUUGUUUUGAUCUCUCACUUAAAUACUAUUAAUCCUCAUUCAGAAUAAUAAGAUGGAGAAGAAAACAAAAAGAUACACCUUGAUAUACUUUUCUCUCUUUCCAUUCCUUUGGAUUUUUCUUACUCUAACCAAUAAUCUAUCAUUGAUUUGAUUGGUACGAUUAAAUAACAAUCAAUUAAAUCCUAAGAACGUUUUACAUUUGUAUCAAAUAUUCAUUCUCAUAUUGAAAUUUAAAUCCUAAAUUUAGCAAGAAAAAUAUGUUAUCCGUAACACCCUUUAGCUGAAUUUGUUAAUUAGGCUGCAAAAAACCGUCUUAAUAAGAAAGCAUCUUGACUUAUUGUUCCCAGAACUUAAUCAAUUGCUAAUCUGCGAAAUUCAUUGAAAACAAAUUGUGAAAAAAUCUAUUGGGUUGACUGAAUCAAAUUGGAAUCGUCGAAACCUUUUGGUAGCCUGGUGAAAGUUACUGAAAAAAUCUCUAUUAUUGUAGGAAUCAUGUUGAUCAUUUUACUUAUUUUCGUUUGAAGAUAAUCUAAACAAAAAUCUAUUAUUAAUUUGAUUUUGAAUAGAAUGAUAAUCAAAUAAUGAGAAAAAUUUCAAUUAUAAAGAGUAAACACUUUCUAUUAGUUACCAAAUUGAAUUGAACGUUAAUUCUUAUAUUCUUAAUUUAUAAAUAAUCAUUUCGAAUGUCAUAUUAUAACUUUCAGAUCAUUUUUGUGAGUAAUUUUCAUUCAUUAAAAAAACGAAAAAAAUCAACACGUUGAUUGAUGAAAUCUAAACAAUCUUGAAGUGAUUGUGAUCAAUCAAAUAACAAUUAUUUUGCGAAAAUUGCUUGAGUAAAUACUUAAUUUGUGGCCUUUUUUCUUCCGAAUUCGAAAAAGUUCGAACAUUAUGAUUCUUGAUCAAUCUUAACCUGUCACAGUUAAGGAGAAUAGACUGAGUAGAGUCUUUAUAUUGAACCGAUUUCGAUUUAUUCGUUCAAUUUAAAAUCUUGUUCAACUAUAGUUGAGUGAUCGAAAAGAAUAACGAAAAGUUUACUUGAACAUCGAAGGAUGGAUUCGAAAUUGAAAGCACUCAAUCCAUCGAGUAUCGUAACAAGAUCUCUGUUGAAAGGUAAAAGAUCUCAACUUAUCAGUUCUUUGAUCAUUUCCAUCGCUUAUUUGGGCAAUGGUAUAUUCAAUGUCAUCAUGGGAUCUUCAAAAAAUGGUAAAGAUUUCGGUAAAAAGUAUCGAUUCAUAUCUGGUUUAUAUAAUAUUUUUCUUUCGGCUACAAUUUCGUACCAAACAUGGAACCGUCAUACUUAUGUAAAGUUUAUUGAAGAAAAUCAAAAAAUUCUAUCGACCAACUUUUCAAAAUCUCGCCAGAUUCUUGAAGAGAUCCGUUACUAUCCACGAAUUAUAAUCUAUAUCAUGAUGUGUUCGUCAAGUAUCAUCGCACUCGGAUUGUUCCCUUACUACACAUAUAAUAUCUUGUACGAAGAAAGUCCAAUUUACUAUAUCAUGAUCCUCAUAUUCACCGCUAUGAAUGCGCUUAGUUGGGUUCUCACCAAGCAAAUGAUCAUUGAAAGUUGUCUCUUUUUGAGAGGGUCUUUCGUGCUAAUAAGUUAUCUAAUAUCCGAUGUAAAACAAGACUCGAAAGCUGAGAGACGCAUCAAAUUGAUUCGUCAUGUAUAUGAAAUGGCCGCACAAACUACUCACAAAUUGGACGUAUUUUUUUCUGUAACGAUAUUUGGUGGUUAUCUUUAUAUUCUGAUCAAUAGUUUCAGUUUCUUCGUUGAACUCGCACACAGAACUGAAAUGUUCAUCGUUUACUCAGCCCAGUUUAUAGACAUAAUCAUAAGUACCGCUCAUGUUACGUAUCAUUUAGUUUCAAUCAAUCACUUUGCAAAGAAAUGUUAUGAUCAAGUAUACGAAUUAUCAUUUAAAAUAACAUCACCUGAGGCUCAUAAUGAGAUCAACUUGUUCCUAGAACGAGCUGGACGCGCUAACAUUGGCCUGUCUUUCGUCAAGAUAUAUCUUAUAACUCCGAGUUUCGUUACGAUGAUGGGCUCCAUCUUAUUGUCCAUGGCACUUGCAGCACCCGGUUUAGUGGCCGAAGGCUAGGAAAUCCAAUCGUUCGUCUUAUUUGAUUCAUAGUAUCGUUUCAAUAUGAACCAACCAUUGGUUUGCUUGGAAAGAUAAUGAAUUCAUUAAUAUUCAUAGAAAUGAUCAUGAUAAUCUAAUCAUCAUUACAAUUUUGAGUGAGAUCAAAUUUCAAGGCAGAAUUGGUCCUCUUCCUUGUCUAACUAAUUAACUGAGUUUAAUUGUGAUCGGAGUUACUAUUUAUCAGCUAAUAUUUCAAUCAAUGUAAUCAAAUUAAAGUCAAUUUACUGAGCCA